UACAAACACAGCCGCUGUUCUAGGGACUUUGAGAUCAACGUCAAGUGGUCUUGCCUGCACAGAGCAGCAGCAGCUGGUGUCUCAGAAGCUGAGAAUUAGGACUUGCUGGCUGCAGCUGGUAUCUUUAGCCUUUGGGGAGACACAGAUGGGAAGCAGAUCAACUGGAUUCAGGAGAACCACCUCCGCUGGAUACCAGUUACCAGCAGCCAGACCUUUGGUGGAACUCGCCUCAUCCUCGUCUCCUUCUCUCAGCACCACCCAGCAUGGGAAAGCUCUGCCUGCCAAUCGGGUCUUAGCACAACAGGCAGCCCGGGCCCGGGAGGAGGAGCAGGCAGCACUGCAGAGGGACCCAGUUCGGCAGGACAAGAUCUGGAGGGAGUUUAUGGAUGCUGAGUGGAGGGGAAGAAAAUAUUGGUACCAGAAUUGGGGCUUUAUGAAGGACUAUGAUCCAAUGGGUAAGAAAAAGGAGCAGGAGCAACUGCCCGAGUAUAUGCCUGUGUUCUCAGACAAAAUUCCCAACACCACCAACCAGACUAUCGGCAGUAGAAUGAACACUGACAUUGGCAAAACUCUAGUAAACAUGGAUUAUUUCCUCAGCCAUGGAAGACAAAAGAAGAAACUUGAGCAUGAGUUCCAGCCCUCCUAGUGUUGGAAAGAAAAUAUCCCUAACAAGAUAUGUGGCAGGAUUCAAGCUAACAAUCUUUUUAGAGUCUCACAGUAAAGAAGUUACAAAGCAUCAAA